UUACACCAGGCCGGAUAUGCAGCUGCCCCUCACACCAUUAAAGUGUCUGUGCGAAUCCACACCGCCAUGGGCCAUCCGAUCUCCAAACAACCACAGGUUCAAGUCCUUCUUCUGGGCCUGGACAAUGCUGGAAAAUCCACUCUUCUCUACAAGCUGAAGCACAACGUCAGCGUCUCCACCGUCCCGACGAUCGGCUUCAACGUGGAGAUGCUGGAAGCCAGAAAGAACAGGAAGAACAUCUCCGUGACCGUGUGGGACGUCGGUGGCCAGGGGAGGAUGCGCGAACACUGGCAGGAGUAUUACCAAAACGCGGCAGCCGUCGUGUUUGUGGUGGACGCCUCGGACUUUGGGCGCAUGGAUGAGGCGCGCGGCGAGAUGGAGAAGGCGCUGCGCAGCGACCAUCUGCGGGGCUGCCCGGUCCUUCUGCUCGCCAACAAGCAGGACGUGAGCGGUGCGCUGACCGUCACCGAGAUGAAGGACAAGUUCAACAUGAGGAAGACGUGCGCGGGUCGAGACUGGCUCGUUCAGCCGUGCUCCGCUUCGACGGGGUUCGGAGUCGAGGAGGCCUUUAAGCGAGUGGUUCACAUGGUCAGACUCCCCUCUGAGCCUGGAGCCGUCAAAGACAAUAUCAAGGACACGGUGCACUACCUGCGAUCGAAUAGCAAACAAUAAGCUCACUGUGUAUGAUAUGUACCUCUUUUAACUUAUUUGCGCCAACUGCGAACUGAGAAUCAUAUCAUGCAAAUGAUUGUUCUGUGCAGUUCACAGAACAACACAUGUCAUAAUAAGUGACUUUUUAAGCUUCCUGCAUUAGUCGUGUUUCACAGUUUUUCGAUUAUAAUGACAUCGAAUACUUUGUUUUGAUUAUUCAAUUUUCUCCUCGAUGUCGACACUGAAGACGCGCCACACGAGUGGUCGUUAUGCCCACCUUCCUGGUUCUGGAUGCUCUUUAAAUAGUCCGUUUGAAAUAUGAACGCACAAAGUGUAGCUACGUUGUUCAAUUGACAUUUUUUGAAAACUGUCAUUCCAAGCGCAUGAAGUGCAAAAGAAAGCUUUUGGGUUUUCGACAUCUGAUGCUUGGAAAAAUCUUGGACUGACCAGCAUGGGCAAGAAAAUAUUGCUGAUCAGUUUAAAGUUGUGGCCGCUGAGACGUUUAUUAAUUUACCACUCCGUUGUGAAAUCUUAUUGAACUGUGGUGCUGCUAUCCUGCCCAGGUUCGUAAACGAGAUCUGUUAUCUCAAUAGGGCAAAAACAGGUUAAAUUAAAAAUGAAAGUCAUUCGCUUUUGCCUCCAGUUUAUUAGAAAUAUUUAUUGCUACAAUAUUUAGACAUUGUUUUACUGCAAGGAGAAACCUAACCUGGUUUUGUCUUGUUUUGCUGUAGAAAGAGAUGUCAAAAGGGCAAAAUGAUAGAGGAACGUUUAAAUGUAACUUAGUUGAAUAAACAUAAAAAACCCAUAAAAAUAUGUUUGAAAUUUCUUACUGCAUUGCAAUAUUUUGAAUAUCAUACAUAAUUUAUGUUCGGAAAUACCGAUUAAAAUAUAAUGGAAACGUUAUUAAUUUUUAAACAGUGUAUGGAAGUUAAAUCAUCUUCAGAGAGACAACCAUAAUACUGAAAUAUUGUCGCAGCAUCAACUAUUUCAAGCUUGAGUCGGAAUAAUAUUAUUUCAACUUCAACAGAGCAGCAGAUGUAACUUCGCUCAACAUUUUCAAU